AUGAUGGAGGAUGGAGGUAGUUUUAGGAGUGGUAGUUCGUCAAUUUGGAAGAACAAUGAUGCUGAUGAAAUUUUCUCAAAUUCUUUCCACCAAGAAGAUGAUGAAGAAGCUCUUAAAUGGGCUGCAAUUCAGAAACUUCCUACUUUUGCACGUAUGAGGAAAAGUUUGCUCACUUCACUUCAAGGGGAAGCCGUUGAGAUCGAUGUCAAGAAACUUGGGUUGCAAGAAAGAAAAGAUUUGCUUGAAAGACUUGUUAACCUUGAUGAAGAUGACAAUGAGAAGUUUUUGCUCAAAAUCAAAGAUCGAAUAGAUAGAGUUGGAAUUAAUCUUCCUACGAUAGAAGUUCGAUUCAAUCACUUGAAUAUUGAAGCAGAAGCUCAUGUAGGAAGCAAAUCUUUGCCCACCUUCUCUAACUUCAUGGUUAAUGUAGUUGAGGUACUAUUGAACUCUCUUCAUGUGCUGCCUAGUAGAAAACAACAUCUAAGUAUUCUUAAAGAUGUUAGUGGAAUAAUAAAGCCUUCAAGAUUGACAUUGCUUUUAGGCCCUCCAAGUUCUGGAAAAACCACACUCUUGUUGGCCUUGGCUGGAAAACUUGAUCCAAAUCUGAAGUUUUCUGGAAAGGUGACUUAUAACGGUCAUGAGAUGAAUGAGUUUGUGCCUCAAAGAACUUGUGCUUAUGUGGAUCAAAAUGAUCUUCAUGUUGGAGAAAUGACUGUCAGAGAAACCUUGGCCUUCUCAGCAAGAGUCCAAGGAGUUGGGCCGCAUUAUGACUUGCUAGCAGAAUUAUUGAGAAAAGAAAAACUUGCAAAUAUCAAGCCUGACCUAGAUAUUGAUGUCUACAUGAAGGCCGUAGCAACUGAAGGACAAAAGGAAAAUUUGAUAACAGAUUAUAUCCUGAGGAUUUUGGGACUAGAGAUUUGUGCUGAUACUUUUGUAGGAAAUGCAAUGUUAAGAGGUAUCUCUGGUGGACAAAGGAAACGCGUUACAACAGGGGAAAUGUUGGUUGGUCCGAAUAAAGCUCUAUUCAUGGAUGAAAUAUCUACUGGUUUGGAUAGCUCAACAACUUUUCAAAUUGUGAAUUCAAUGAAGCAUUACGUCCACAUUAUGAAAGGAACUGCGGUUAUCUCACUCCUGCAGCCACCACCAGAGACUUACAAUCUUUUCGACGACAUUGUUCUACUCUCUGAUAGCCACAUUAUAUAUCAUGGUCCCCUGGAUCGUAUACUUGAAUUUUUCGAGUCAUUCGGUUUUAAAUGUCCUGAGAGGAAAGGAGUGGCAGAUUUUUUGCAAGAAGUGACAUCAAAGAAAGAUCAAGAGCAGUAUUGGGAACACAAAGACCGGCCUUAUAGAUUUGUGACAUCUGAAGAGUUUUCAGAGGCAUUUAAAUCAUUUCAUGUUGGCAUAAGACUUGGUGAUGAACUUGGUACUAAAUUUGACAAGUCUAAGAGCCAUCCAGCUGCUUUGGCUACCAAGAAAUAUGGAGUGGGGAAAUUGGAAUUGUUAAAAGCUUGCUUAUCAAGAGAAUACUUACUUAUGAAGCGCAAUUCAUUCGUCUACAUCUUCAAGUUUUGCCAAGUAUUUAUAAUGGCAAUGAUUGCGAUGACCAUCUUUCUCCGGACUGAGAUGCACAGAGAUUCAGUGGCUCAUGGAGGCAUAUAUGUAGGUGCAUUGUUCUAUGCUGUUGUUGUGAUCAUGUUCAACGGAGUCGCAGAAGUUUCCAUGGUAGUUUCAAGGCUUCCGGUUUUCUACAAGCAAAGGGGAUGCCUCUUUUUCCCUACAUGGAUAUAUGCUCUUCCAGGAUGGAUCCUAAAAAUUCCCCUGACUUUUGUGGAAGUGGCUGUUUGGGUAUUCCUUACCUACUAUGUCAUUGGUUUUGAUCCAAAUAUUGAAAGAUUUUUUAGGCAAUACCUUGUUCUUGUACUAGUACACCAGAUGGCUUCUGGAUUAUUCAGACUUGUUGCGGCAGUAGGGAGAGAUAUGACAGUGGCUCUAACAUUUGGAUCAUUUAUUAAUGCCAUCCUUUUUUGUAUGAGUGGUUUUAUCCUAUCAAAAGACAGUAUAAAGAAAGGGUGA